AUGCCGCUCAACUCCCUCCCACCCUGGCCCCCCUCCCUCCCAUCCUCCGCGCACCUCCAACACCUCCAGACCCUCGCCGUGACCCACGCCCUCGCCCACGGGUUCACUCACCUCCCCGCCAACCCCUCCGAUCCUCCUACACACGCUACGGCCGCUCCUCUCUCCCUCUUCCCCUCCCCGUUCCCUCGACACCUCUUCGAGCUCGCGACGGAGAUCCAGACGGUGUAUAAUGCGCUUUACGCGCGAAUCGCGCUGGACUGGGGGUUUCUCGAUAGAGUGAUGGGUGGGGUGGCGAAGGUCGAUAGUUUCCAGGGAGAAUUGUGGAGGGGGUGGAAGGCUGUCAGGGAGGAGCUCGUCCAGCCGCUACAGCUCGGGAUCUUCCGCUCGGACUAUCUCCUGCACUCGCUUUCGUCCUUAGCGCCCCUGGAGCUCAAGCAGGUCGAGUUCAAUACGAUCUCGUCGUCUUUCGGGGCAUUGAGUCAGAAGGCGAGCGAGACUCAUCGAUACCUAGCCAAAGAGACAGACAUGUUUUUCGACUCCUCCCCCUACCUGUCCACAUUCGACAAUUAUCCCCUCAAUGAUGCGCUCACCUCGAUCGCGCAAGGUCUCGCGGAAGGAUGGGCGGCGUACGGGCGCAAAGAUGCAGUGGUGCUCUUUGUGGUGCAGGAUGGGGAGAGGAAUGUGUUUGAUCAAUGGGCGUUGCAGUAUGAGCUUAUGGAGCGACACGGCAUCAAGACCGUCCGGCACACCUUCUCCGAGCUGGACAACCUCGUUCAAUUCGACCGAAACUCGAAGCGAAUCUACCUCCCCGACCCCCUCGCGGACCUCGUCCAGCCCCGGGAAGUCGCCGUCAUCUACUACCGCUCCGCUUACACCCCUACCGACUACCCUGGCCCUGGCGAAUGGUCCACCCGCCUCCUUCUCGAGCGGUCCCGCGCCAUCAAGUGCCCCUCCAUGGCGCUCCAACUCGCCGGCGCCAAAAAGGUCCAGCAGGUCCUCACCGAGCCGGGAGUCCUCGAGGAUUUCCUGCUCUCCCCGGACCGGCCGGACGUCGGGUUCGGGAAGGGCGCCGGGGCGUUUACGCAAGAGGACGUCGAUAAUAUCCGAAAGACGUGGAUUGGGCUUUGGCCCAUGGACAACUCGGAGGCGGGGCAGGAGGGGUAUCGGCUCGCUAUGACGCAGAGCAGCCGGUUUGUGCUCAAGCCGCAAAGGGAGGGAGGGGGGAACAAUAUCUAUCGGUCGGAUAUCCCGCAAGAGCUGAAGCGGCUGGAACAGCAGCAGCACCAGCAGCAGCAGUAUGGAGCGAGGGAUGUGAUGCCCCGAGAGGCGUAUAUUCUGAUGGAGCUCAUCACGCCGCCGGAUGGGGUGGGGAAUUGGUUAGUCCGGGGAGGGGACAACAAGGCGAGAAAGGCGGAUGUAGUCUCGGAGUUGGGAGUGUUUGGGGUGGCGCUGUUUGGGCCGGAAGGGGUCGUCAAUAGGGAGGCGGGGUUCUUGAUGAGGACUAAGGGGAGGGAGAGCGAUGAAGGGGGUGUGGCGAUCGGUAUCAGCUCGAUUGACAGCCCGGUCCUCGUCGAUGUGGUGUAA